AUGUCAUCUGGCAAAAAGAGAACACCAGCUUCUGAGCUAGCAAAAGCCAUAAGCCAGUCAAAACAAACCUCCAAUGCCAAUCUCCCACCCCCAAAGUCCCGUAUUGUUCGGACUCAGCAGGAACUAGGACGGAUGGGCGGGCGUGGAGGUUCAAGGCAGCCAGAUAUAAAGCAAACGAAGCAGUACAAAUCUGCUGCGCGAAGAUGGAGCGCGACAAUAGUUGCGCUACCUAUCCUAUUAUACACAAGCUAUGCUCUAUUUCAACGAGUCUUUAUUGGAAAAUCACCCAAAGGCCUACCCGGAGUGAACGAAUUCAGCCCGCAAGCUGGAUAUUCUACGAUUGAGAACCCCAGAAAAUCCAAUGACUGA